AGCUUUGAAGCAACGGGAAAGAUUAAAAAAAAAAAAAACUAUCUCUCCCUCUCUUCUUGCCCGGAUAAUUCUCUCGCGCUCCCCUCAAGAUUUCAUUUUUGAAAAUGUAACAGUUUUAUCCCAUUGUCGUCCUCAUAAACCACAAUUCUGAGAAGAAACAUCGAUCUCAUACUUCAACAACAACAUGGGAUUCAAGGAUCUUCAUCUCAAGCUCAAGGCAUCAAGGCUGAGAAGGUUUCUGAUAGGAGACGGAGAGAGCAAGAAGAAGAGAGGGUCCGAGCUUGGGAGCAAGCCUUCAUGGAUGGCGCCGGUAUCACAUGGCUACUACGUUGCAGAUUAUCGACCAUUCCGAGAUGAGUUAGAUGAUGAUGAUGAUCGGCGAGACUCCGACUCGGGGGUUGUGGUGCAGAGAGAGGAGAUUGAAGGGCUUGAGCUCUGGUAUUUUGGUGUUUUUGAUCCCCAAAUUGGAGAUGGAGUUGCCAAGUACAUGCAAUCAAAUUUGUUCGACAAGAAGCCCAAACAGUAUGAGCUAAGGAGGAAGAGCAUGGAGACAAUGAGAAAGGCAUACGCAGGUGCAAGAGGGAGGAUGAGAGAGGCAGCGAAAGUAGAGGAGAAAUGGAAGCCAGGGGGCUCAGCAUCUGCCCUCGUCAUCAAUGGUGAAAGGCUUGUAAUGGCUUAUAUUGGUGAUUACAGAGCUGUUGUGUGUAGGGAUGGUGAGGCUUAUCCCAUCAGUAGAAGGAACUGGCAAGGCACCAAGAGGCACUGGUCCAGGAAACUCUUUCCAGGACUCGUGCGCAUUCCUAAAGUGUGUAGGCUGGCAUCGGAGCCGGGAAGUGCAGCGGCCAAGAAGCCAUGGAAGAGCUUGGAAAUUGUUGUUGGAGAUGAAAGAAUAGAUUCUGAUACAGAGUUUGUCAUCUUGGCAAGCGCUGGCAUCUGGAAGGUGAUGGAGAAUCAAGAGGCUGUGAAUCUCAUCAAGCACAAGGAGGAUCCCCAAGAUGCUGCAGAGUGCUUGGCUAUGGAGGCUGCGAAUAGGAUGAGCAAAAGCAGCAUUGCCUGCUUGGUCAUUCGUUUUGACUGAAAACUGUUUGGUUGCUUUCACUAGUUGG